AACACUUGAUCUGUUCGUUUUUAUCUGAUGGUGAAAAAAUGACCUGACUGCGCAUGUGCGGCGCGUACCUCUACGCGUUUCCUUUUCCGCCUGGCUAAUGUGUAGAUGCUAACAUGGCGGGGAAGCAGAACUGGUCGGUGAGCGAUACAACAUUUCUAAUCGAAACGUUAAAAGAACUCAAAAUUAUCGAACGCCUUGACGGUCGAAAGUGUAGGAACACGGAGUUAUUUAAACAAGUGCAUGAAAAACUGGAAGAAGCCGGAAUCCAUCGAACAAUUGAGCAAAUAAAAAAACGCUGGAAGAGCUUGAAAGCUAAGUACUACCAAGCUAAGAACAAGAACGGGAGAAGUGGCUCCGACCCCACCACUUUUUCAUUUUACAUGUUGAUGGACGAACUGAUGAGAGAGCGGCCACUGGCCAACACGACAGGCAGCGGUGUGGACCAAGGUUAUGAGGAGGAAUCUGAGGACUACAGCCCCGAAGCAAAUCCGGAACAAAGCAUCCUUUCCGAUGAUGAGUCCAGCUUUGAAGAAGCAGCUGACAGCAGCACACAACAAACAACAGUCCAAGAAACUUUCAACAGACGAGGACAUCAAGGAAGAGACCACGAGGGAACUCUGGUUAUGCAGACUUGGGCCACCGAACAGCAAUCCUUCUACCAGAAGAUGCAAGAGUCCCAGAACAAAUGGAUAGAAGAACAACAGGAACGAUGGCAGCAAAGAGAAGAAAGGUUGUUUGUAAGGUUCUUAGAAGAAAACACACUCUCAACUGAGCGCCUAGUGAGGCAAUGUUUUGAUGGAUUAAAGUCCAUCAUGACUCAAAUGACCCCACCUCCACAGGGAAGAUCUCCAGUUCCUCCCUACCCUCAGCAUCAAUACCCAGGUCAAAGCCGGUCUGCUCAAUUUCCUCAGAACCCAAGCUACAACUCGGAUUACCACCUCCAUGACCUAAACUAAAGUUAAAAAAAAGUUUGUUAUUUGAGCAGCAGCUAAAGUUUCAUAUUAUAUAUAUAUAGAUAUUUUUUUAUAUUGUAAUUCUGAAAGUAC